ACGCUAAAGUUUCCACUUUCGUUCGCUCGUUCGUGUCGCGCACCUUCUUCGCUCCUUCGCUUCAGGCACGCUUCUGUCCAAGGCCGCGAAGCAGCGUUGCCCCCAAACGUGUGCCGCAUUCGAGCCUGCUCGGCAUCACAUUCGCGCAGCAGCAGCAGCAGCAGCGUAUCACCGCGUCGUCGCGAUGGAACCGGGCAAACGACAACGAGGCGUUCCAAUACCUCCCAGCCACGCGGCACACGUCUGCCCUGGCGAGGGCGAGCGAGCCACCCGCCAGACAAGAACGCAUUCGCUUUCCAGGCGGGGUCGCAAUCGUCUCUCGUACGCGGAACACGUUGGCAGCGCGCCCGCUGAAGCUGCCACCACCGCCGCCACCAUCGCUGCUACGGCGGCAGCAGCAGCAGCAAGCGGGCCGUGGAGAUGCGUCCAAGGGCGUAGCCGAAUCUCGCGCCCAUGCGUCUCUCACUGCGCGGCAGGCCAUCAGCGACAGUCGUUUGCCGCCGCUCGACGAACUCUUGCCUGGUCGUAGAGUGUGCGCGCGGCGCAGACUUUUUCCCCGUGCGCCUCUUUCUGAGCCAGAUCAUUGGAGGGAACACAGCAGCAUCCGGCGGACGCGCGGACCAAGUCCUCUAGUCCUGGGCUUCGAACGGCGAGGUGGCCCCAGUAUGCGUCAUGGCCGGCAUUGGAAGGGAGUUGAGCACGCCUUGCUUCCGGCACUGGCGGCCUGGCUGCUGCUACUUCUACUCCUGCCGGACAGUGUACACGGCCGCCACUGCAACAAUGUGCCGCGUGUGCCAGGCUACAUGUGCGACUGCGACUCGCGCUUCGGCCACGACGACCUCGGCGGCUGGCACCUGUCCUGCUACGAUGCGCAGGCCAACGAGCCGCAGCAGGCGUUCGUCGUCGAGUAUGCCAUCAAUGACAUCAUACGUGUGCAGUGCGACACCGCGGCCCCGUACCAGGCGGCAUUCUUCCAGAACUUCAGCGUGAGUGAGGUAGAGCGCUUCUCCUUCAGCUACUGCCCCAUGCCAAACGGUUCGUUCGCCCAAGUGCUUGAGGGGCUGGAGGUAACGUCGUUGCAACUGAUCAGCUGCCAGAUGGGUGACACGCUGGACGCCCGGCUCUUCGAAGGCCUUGACAAGCUCAAGAGGCUCACUGUAACCGGGAGCAAGGACCUGAGGUUUGUACCAGAGGACGCGUUCACCAACCUCACCACGCUUGUCAACCUCGAGCUCAACAAUAACGCGCUCGAAAAUCUCCCCGAGAAGGUCUUCUGGCCGCUCAAGAACAUCACCAGCAUCCAGUUGGGCAGCAAUUUGCUGCAGAGCCUGCACUCUAGUCAGUUUAGGGGUCUCGACAAGCUCAUCAGCAUUUACCUCUACAAGAACAACCUUACCGAGCUUCCCCAAGGAAUCUUCACCAACCUGACAUCAGUGAAGAAUCUCGACCUCUUGCUUAACAGCCUGACCAACAUCACUGACAAAGAUCUAGCUGACCUAACCGGCAUUGAGAAUCUCAAGAUGGGUGGGAAUCCCUUCACAAUGCUGCCAGACACCCUAUUCAAGAACAACAGGCUGUUGGGAGAUUUAAAUCUCAGUGUCCUCAACAAAUUGGGAUCCCCACCUGAGCGGCUCCUCACGGGCUUGAGCAGGUUGGAGAAUAUCACACUUCUGGACUGCAAUUUUACAAGCAUUCCAGAGAAGUUUUUUGCAUAUGCAGGAAAUAUGAAGAACAUUCGAAUGGUGAACAAUAGACUCACUUCAUUACCCGCAAACUUGUUCAGGGAGAAUACAAAACUUCUAAACUUGGACCUGAGCUAUAACGACCUGACCGAGUUGCCAUUAACAGUGUUUGAAAAGCAGUUUGUCCUGGAGACACUUAUCUUUUACAGAAACAAUUUUGUCACACUAAAAGCAGGCCCUUUCGACAACUUGAUUAGCUUGAAAGUUCUUAGUUUUGAGUACAACUUUAUAGAAAGCAUUGAGCAGGAAACAUUCCAAAGGCUGCAAAAGCUGGAGGACCUGAAGCUAGGAAAAAACAAGUUAAAGGUGCUUGAAGGAAAUGCUCCUUUUGGUCUAAACAAGAAGCUCAGACGAGUUGACCUUUCAAGAAAUAAACUUGUUCAGUUCCCGGACAUCAACUGGGACAUUUAUUUGGCCUUGGAGAAGCUCAACCUUGACUACAACAAUAUAACUUACCUGAGGGUGCCAAACCUCAUCUCUACAAGCACAGAAGUUUCUUUGCGCUUCAACAAAAUAAAGGCUGUGCAGGUCACAGAACUUGAAAUCCUAAAGAAGUAUGAAACCAGAGAAAAAACCUACAAUACUGACACAGCAUCAGAGCAUUACUAUCACUUAGAUGGAAAUCCCUUCGAGUGCAACUGUCAACUGUACGACUUCAUCAAGUACUUGUCUGACAAUAACCAAAAGGACAUUGCACUGUUCAAGAACUCUCCAGAUUAUACUUGUGAAAGCCCAAAAGUACUAAAAGGGAAAAAUCUCUUGGAUGUGGACCUUGAACAACUCACAUGUAAAAUUAAGGAGAACUGCCCAGAUGAAUGUACGUGCUACUUUCGGCGGAUGGACUACACCACACACAUGGACUGCAGGCAGGGCAACCUUACCGGCCUUCCAUUGGUUUCGCCACCAAACACAAAUAUUCUCUACUUACAAAACAACCAGAUUUCAACCAUUGAGGACCUUAGCUCUCAACAGUGGGAAAACUUGACUGAAGUGCACCUCGACAGCAAUGACUUACGAGCAUUUGAUGCAAGGAGACUUCCACGCCGGCUACAGUAUCUCUCUCUGACCAACAACAGCUUGCGCUCCAUGACACCAGAACUUAUGGCUAUGUUCGCCAACAGCUCUGCAACUCUCAGCCUGUCACUCAGUGGCAACCCGUGGACCUGUGACUGCUCUACUUUUCCCUUCAAGGUUUGGCUACGUGGGCAUGUCUACAUGAUAAAGGACUACCUGGACAUUGCAUGUGGAGAAAAGAUAAGCAUCAACAAUACCUUGGCACUGUCCUACAUCAAUGAGAUACCAGACUCUGUCUACUGCCCAACAGACUACAGUGCGCAAAGGAAGCAGUUGGCAGCUGUGUCGGUGAUCUGUGUGGUGCUUGCGGUGCUUCUUGUGGUGGUGUUGAUCCUCUAUUACAGAAACCGUCAGACCAUCAUCGCCUAUGUCUACAUACACUUUUACAAUGUGUUUGUGUGUAUCUUCAGUGAGGAGGACCUGGAUGAGGACAAAACAUAUGAUGCAUUUGUAUCCUACAGCAGUGCUGAUCGUGAUAUUGCCAUGGCACUACUCAACAGCCUGGAAACCAACGAAGAGAAGUUCAAGCUCUGCAUUCAUGAGCGCGACUGGCUGCCUGGUUACAACAUCAGCUGGAACAUCGUCAACUCAGUGCAAAACAGUCGCAGAACCAUCCUUGUGGUAUCCAAGGACUUUCUCGAAAGCCUCUGGUUUCAAGUGGAGUUCCACACAGCCUACUACCAGAUGCUAGAAGAUCGGGUGGACAGACUUAUCGUGAUUGUACGUGGUGAACUGCCGCCAAAAGAAACACUCGACAAAGAGCUCAAGUUCUUGCUCACCACGAAGACUUAUCUCAUCUGGGGUGAGCGCUGGUUCUGGGAGAAGCUGAAAUAUGCAAUGCCACAUCGAAAGCAGGUUCCACCAACGAAUAAACUGGCCAUGAGGAACCGCCCAAACACUGCAAUGGUCAAGACUGUUGAGGACCAAAUUGCAAACCUCACAGCCGGCCAAAAACAAGAAAAAGCGAGAGAAAAGCAGGAUGAGCCAGAAGAACCCCCAGUUAGGAUAGAAAACAACAACCAGGACCAGACUAGUGUAGUGGCACCUCCAAGAAAGACGUUGCGAGGUCUUGGAACCCUUGAGCCUAAAGUGCAGCCUGUGUGAAAAGAUGCUCAUUUUGACCGAUGCCAAAGUGGGUGUAGAAACAUAAGAUCAGGGACUUAUGCUUGCCUUUCAGAGUGUUAACUCCCUCAACAGACAAGUGAACUGUGUAUGUGAACUGCAGAAUGAGGUGGUGCGAUUUGUUUGAACUGUGGCCUAGACAAUCUCACUCACUAUCUGUGCAUCUACUGUGUGUGUGCGUGUGUGUGUGUGUGUGCGCGUGCAUGUGCCGAGUACCACCAAGUGCAAGUGCAAUUCACAAUGGUGCUGUUACAGUGCUUGGUGUUCAUCAUGGGAAAGAACAACACACAAGACAGUGCCCCAUGUUUAUAAAGGACAGUAUUACCAGCACGUCACGAACAGAAAGUGCAAUGGUACCUGCAUGCGAAUGUAAAGCAGUGUACAAAGUCAACUCACUAACCACCAGAUGGUUGUAAACAUGUGCUGAAUACUCAGACUUUCUGAAGUUACUGUAUUUGUAAAAACAAUAACAUUAACAUAAAACCCUGCUGAGUGA